AUUUCUGAUUCGUCGUUCCAUUUUCCACUUUUUUCACUUCAUCUUCCUUCGUACGUUUCAAAAUCACAUUUCCUUUCUUCCUUCAUACGUUUCAAAUCACACUUCCUUUCUCCCUUCGUCUUCUUCCUUCGUUUUCUCAACUUCCAUUACCUUCACUCGCUUCACCCACAGAAAAAAGUCAGCGUCUUUUGGACUUCUCAUGGCAGUUCAACCCAAAACCGAACCCGGGUCUUUUCAUAGCUCCAUUUUGACGACCUCUGGAACACACAACAGCGAAAUGAGUAUCUCGGAGCUUGUGUCAGUUCUGCGUGUGGCGUAUCAAGUUGAGGACUUUGAUAAAGUGGAAGAACAACUGAAGAACAGGGAAGACAAGAUGAGGGCGGAGAUUGGGUCACUCCGAGAAAAGCUUGACUUGGAGAGACUCAACAGUAUUGAAGUAGCAAAAAGACUGAAAAUCAGAGAGGAGCAAUGCAAAAAGGGGAAGCAAGCCCAGGAGAAUUAUGAGCUGCUGUUGAAGAGAAUGAAAGAAAGUGGCUUGGAUAUGGAGGAGUUAAGGAAAAAGAACGUUACUUUGGAACGUGAAGUUUGUGAACUUAAGGAGUUGAAGAAAAAAUGGUAGAAGAUGUCAAAUGUGUGGCUGAACUAAGGACCAAGAUCAGUAGGUUGGAGGAGGAGAAGGUUGGGAACAAGAGUGCUCUUGAUGCUCUCAACAUGAAGAACACUGAAUUGAAGGAAGAAGUUAAGAAGAAUUUGACCGUCAUAGAGAGGUUGAGGACUGAAAAUGAUAAAUUGACAGAUGAGAAGCUCGAACGUAAGACAUUAUUUGAGUCUUUGGAGAAGAAAUAUGGUGAACUCUGUGCCAGUGUUGUGAAGUUGGAAGAUGAUAUAAAGGUUUUGAUGAGUGAAGGUGCCUCUGAUUGUGGGAACACUGAAGUGGAGCCUAAACCUCAAGUUUGUUAUGCUGUCAAAGAUGAAGAGGUUAUUGAUGACUACGAGCUUGAAAAUGACACUGGAGAGCAUGUUCCUUUCCGGGCUCAGUCUGCCAAAAAAGGGAACAAGGAUAUUACAUCAGAAAUGGAGGUCAUAACCCUAUCUGAUGAUGAUGAUGAUGAGUGUCCAAAUCAAGGAUUGCAUAGAGAAAAAGCUAUUUCUCAAAUUAUGGGAGAAAAUGAACAUCCACAAAGGGUUGAAACGCUCACAAGAAAACGUGCUGGUGCUUCUGAUAUUCAGACUUCUUCCCGAUCAACAUCCAGUGAUGAUUUAUAUGAAAUGGAUAAUCCCCCUCUAAAGAGAGUUAAAACUUCGCCGGCCAGUUCUGAUACAUACAGUUUGCCAGGCAGAUACUUCCUCACUCGCAGAAUCUAGAGCAGGUGCUUCUCUAGCCAAUCUUUUAUGUGAAACCUUAGAUUAGUUCUUAGUUUACAAAUACUGGCUUCUUGAGAUUGUAUAUGUAGCUAUGAGAGUUACACGUAUUGUCUUUUGGAGUAAAAAAUACUUUGCUACCAAUUAUGACUUUGUUCUAUAUGACUGAUCUUUAUUAAAGAAUCAGACUCAUCAAAGGUGAAGUUCUAGACUUUGUUUGAAGGAUAUGAGUACAGUUAGUGUAACUGUAACUCAGACCAACAUGUUGGUCAGAAAGUUGGUGUUUAUUCAAUAUACUUUUUGCAUGACAAAAUUCUAAACUAUCUGCAUCAAUGGGGCCAAGAUAUUCCUUUCCUCUGCAACAUUUUGGUCUUCCCUCUCCCCUUUACAUCCCUGUCACAUGUGACAGUGUUAAAAGGUAUUGUGAAAUGAACACUUCUAUUUAUAUUUUCUGAUAACGGUUAACAAAUAACACAAGACAUUGGG